GACCAGAAGGAUAACCACGUGAACCGUUUAUCACGUGAUUACAACUACAACCUGUCUGUCGGGUAAUACUGCACGUGACUGGUAGCGGACGUCACGUUGGUGGGAGGACAAAGAUGGCGGUGUGUGUGUCUGUCAUCGCUAAGGAGAAUUAUCCGCUCUACAUCCGCAGCAUUCCCACCGAGAACCAGCUAAAGUUCCAUUACACUGUGCACACCUCCCUGGAUGUGGUGGAUGAGAAGAUUUCAGCCAUGGGGAAGGCCCUCGUGGAUCAAAGGGAACUGUACCUGGGACUUCUUUAUCCCACAGAAGACUACAAAGUAUAUGGUUAUGUUACAAAUUCCAAAGUCAAAUUUGUCAUGGUGGUUGACUCCUCAAACACAGCUCUCCGCGACAAUGAGAUCCGCAGUAUGUUCCGGAAGCUUCAUAACUCCUAUACAGAUGUGAUGUGUAACCCCUUCUAUAACCCUGGAGACCCUAUUCAAUCACGGGCCUUUGAUAACACUGUCACCUCUAUGAUGAUAGCAGCAUGCUGAACAUCCUAGGAUUUUCUAUGAUUGAAGUGACUGAGGCCAGUUUCUGUUUCCAGUCAUUUAUGAUACUUCAUGCUAUUCCCAUCCUGAUGUCAGUAACCGUGAAACUGUUAAUAUCCCAAUGGAUCAGUUCUCUGCCAAUCAUACCCAUAUAACAUGAAAGGAGUAUGUCAUAUACUAGGCCUGCACAAUAUAUUGCAAUCACAACGCGAUAAUUGCAUAUUGCAAUAUGUCGAUAUUGGCCUUGGGAAAAUGAUGCUAUUACCUGCGGCUGCAGGUUCACUACUUCUGGCUGGUCCGAUUGCUCUGGUGAUGGUAGCAGCUCACCCCGGCUUCCAUGUUGCGGCUCCGGCUGCUUGCCGGCAUGCGCAGAACGUUGCUCCGCCUAGCACUGGGAGAAAGUGAUUUAAAGCUACUUCCUCCCAGUGCUCCAAUAUUGUCAUGGAAGACACAUGGGAGGGAGAAAUAGAUUAACAAAGGAUUCCGCAACAAAGAAAGGUAAAGUGAGUCCAGCACUGCAAUCCACAAAUAGGGUCUAUGGGAGACCGAAGCAAAAUAGAAACACGUGGGUGCAAUCCAAUAAGAACCAGCACAGCAAACAAUCUUCAGAGUAAAGAAAUGAGAUGCACUCACCCAAGCCUAUAUUUUGGGGCAAACUUUUUCUUAUUAAA